AUGUCGAUCAUCCCGGUCACCGACCGACGAGGGGCCGCCGGCGACGACGACCCGUUUUCGCUGGACGUCUUUCGGGACUCCUUCAUGAACCUGCAAAACGACCUCUUCUCGUCCCUCGACCUCUGGGACCCAUUCGCCGCCUCCCCUUUCUCCUCCUCCGCGCUCGCCUCUCGCUUCCCGGACUUCUUCACCGGCGCCCUCGCCCCGGUCCGUACCCGGAUCGACUGGAGGGAGACCCGCGAAGCCCAUUUCUUCAAGGGCUACUUCCCGGGCCUCCGUAGCAACGACGUCGUCAUCGAGGUCGGCGCCGACAGGGUGCUCAGGAUCAGCGGCGGCGAGUGCUCGAGCAGCUUCGCGUUGCCGGAGGGCGCGAGGUUGGACCUGGUCACGGCCGACAUGAAGGACGGGUUCCUCGUCGUCACUGUUCCGAAGGUCGUGGCGGAAGCUCCGAGGCGAGACAAUGUCAGGGUCGUUGAGAUCACUGGGUGA